AUGAAAUACGCGCGAAUGAAUUGAUUAAUACAAGAAGCAAUGACUACGGCAGAACAGCUGGUUCGACAACUCCAGAGGCCGGCGGGUUUUGACUUUUGAAUAUCCAGUUCUUGGCGACCUUGGUCUUUUGUUUGUUCGUCUUUUAGUUCAAUGUAUAGGGUUAGUGUUUUCUCAUAGAAUUGAAAAAUAAAAGAAUUUUUUUUUUUUAUAAAGAUCUCAAGUGAUGAUGUGUCAGUUCUAUGCUCAUAGAUACUUCAAUUAUCAUCAAUUCUAGGGUUGUCUUGUUUUACAUUUUUCUCUUUUAGUUAUCCUUCAAUUUAUUCGCAAUACUGUACCAGAUCUAAUUUCAAUUUUUUUUUUUUUUUUUUACUUCAGCAUAUUCCUAAUUUUCUGCUUGAGAGCUAGGGAAAAGAAAGUGUGCAUUUUUAUCAGUAAUUUUAAAAAAUUUUGUAAAAUAAACGUAUAAAUGGGUAGCUACCAGCGGCAGCAACUAGGCAUUACAAAACCAAUUUCAUUGGCCGGACCUACCGAGCUCGAUAUGAUGAAGAACCAAGAACUUGAGAAGUUUCUAGAGGAUGUAGGAUUGUCUGAGAGUCAGGAGGAAGUGCUUGGGAGAUUAGACCAGAUUGUGAAGAUUUGGGUAAAAAAAAUAAGCCAGGCCAAGGGAUUAAAUGAACAGCUGGUACGAGAAGCUAAUGCUAAGAUUUUCACCUUUGGUUCUUAUCGGCUUGGGGUACAUGGCCCCGGUGAGGGUAUGGAAACGCUUUGUGUGGGACCAAGGCAUGCAAGUCGAGAAGAAGAUUUCUUUAUUGAGCUACAUAGAAUGCUGUCAGAGAUGCCGGAAGUAUCAGAGUUGCACCCUGUCCCUGAUGCUCAUGUUCCAGUAAUGAAAUUCAAGUUCAAUGGGGUUUCUAUUGAUCUUCUUUAUGCAAAACUCUCACUUUGGGUUAUCCCAGAAGAUUUAGAUAUUUCACAGGACUUGAUACUACAAAACGUGGAUGAGCAAACAGUUCUUAGUCUCAAUGGUUGCAGAGCAACUGACCAAAUUCUGCGUUUGGUGCCAAAUAUUCAGAAUUUCCGAACUACCUUGAGAUGUAUGAAGUUUUGGGCGAAGCGGCGUGGCAUUUAUUCCAAUGUUGUUGGGUUUCUAGGUGGUAUAAGUUGGGCAUUACUUGUUGCUCGCGUCUGCCAGCUAUAUCCCAAUGCCCUGCCCAAUAUGUUAGUAUCUCGGUUCUUCAGGCUCUAUACUCAGUGGCGUUGGCCGAAUCCAGUAAUGCUCUGUCAUAUUGAGGAGGCUUCGCUAGGACUCCAAGUUUGGGAUCCCAGAAGAUAUCCCGAGGACAGGUUCGACUUGAUGCCUACAAUUACUCCUGUUUAUCCUUGCAUGAACUCUAGCUAUAAUGUGUCUUCGAAUACUUUGCGGAUACUGACAGAAGAAUUUCAGAGGGGCAAUGAAAUUUGUGAGUGUAUAGAGGCGAAUAAGGCUGACUGGAAUACACUUUUUGGGCCUUACCCCUUCUUUGAAGCAUACAAGAAUUAUCUGCAGAUAGAUAGCACCGCAGCGAAUGCAGAUGACCUGAGGAAAUGGAAAGGCUGGGUUGAAUCACAUCUCCGUCAGCUUAUGCUGAAGAUUGAGAGAGACACUUUCAAUAAGCUCCAAUGCCAUCCACACCCAGGUGAUUUUUCAGACAAAACCAGACCUUUCCACUGCUGUUACUUCAUGGGUCUGCAACGGAAACAAGGAAUUCCAGUAAUUGAAGGUGAACAGUUUGAUAUAAGGCCAACCGUUGAGGAAUUCAAACACUCUGUUGCCAUGUACAUGUUAUGGAAGCCUGGGAUGGAGAUCCACAUAACCCAUGUAAGACGUAGUAGUAUACCCAAUUUUGUAUUUCCUGGUGGGGUUCGUCCUGUCAGAGCAUCCAGGGAGAGUAGGCGGGUUUCAGAACCCGAGGUUUCUGGCCAUAAAGAAUCAGAAGAGUCACAGGAAAGCAAGCUUGUAUUAGGUGGAGCAAAUGACCGAAAAAAGAAAAAGCGGGAGGAAGAUAUUGCAGGGUCUAACUUAAGAGCUGCGAAGUAUUUUGCUGCUGGAGCUUCCUCGCAAUGUGAAUUUUAUGAAGGAAGCUCUCUUAGCACAAAUUCUAGUCUUUCAAGGGCAGAAAAAGUCGCAAAUGAAAUAAAAGAAGGCUUGGAAGGCUUCAUAAAUCCAUCGGAGCUUCCUCAUAAGAGUGGUGGAGCAAUUGAUGAAGACAGGCGCAGACCUACCAUUGCUAAUGAUGAGUCAUCAAGCUGUCAAGAAGCCGAGGAACUUGCAGUUGAGAAGCUUUAUCGCUUGUCCAUAUAAUACCCACCAAGCUUUUCCAGAAGAACUUGAAAAUGACGUUGAAUAUAGAAAUCAAGUUAAAGAUUUUGGUGUGAGCACAGGAGGUGGUCCGACGGAAUCAUCCUCCAAUGCAAAUGUCAAUCCUGCUGCUGGUCCUCGGUCGGUUCGGACCUGAAUGAAGGUUUAGAAGAGCUUGAGGUCUAACUUUUCGAACUCCCUAUUUCUAUUAUUGUUGCAUGUGAAGUUCCAUUAUUCCAUUUCUUGUUUCUUGUGAAAAAUCCAUUGUGGAUUUGUUUUUUAUGGUAAUUUUUGCAAUGGGUAUCGAACUUUUGACUUUCCACCAGAUUACUCUUCCUUUCCAAAUCUGAAUGCUUUGAUGAAGCACAAAAAAUUGGGCAUCUUGGAUAUAGUGGAGAAGUGAUUUGUUUCCAUUUUAUUUUUUGGAAGGGUACUACAGUUGAGACAUUAUCCACUGGCUUAGUUUGAUUGAGUGCCCAACUCCUCGAAUGGGUGUGUCUGUGUUCGUGUCCCCUUACUUUGUCAAGAAAAAAAAAAAACUUACGGUAUAAUUACAAAAGAAUUUUCAGCUGGGGCAAUUGCCACCACUGAAAUUCCGACGGAUUAGG